UAACUUUUGUAAGUGCAAUCAUCAUAAUUAUAAUAAGAUGUUCAAAUUCGUUGUCUUCGUUGCGCUCGUCGCUUCAGUGUUUGCUGUGCCAGCCCCUGAACCACAACCAGCCCCCAAACCUGGUUUAAUUGCAACCUCAUACUCAGCGCCAAUAAUUUCGUCUGCCCCAUUGGCUUACAGUGCCCCUCUUGCAUACAGUAGCGUUGGUUAUUCUGGAUAUUAUCCUCCUUCUGCCUACGCUUCUGGAUACGCUUAUUCACCAUACUCGUCGUACAUUGUUUGAAUGCAAUAAAACAUUAAAAGUCUAUU